UGCAUUUACUCAUUUCCAUUCACAGAUUCCUGGGAUCCUCCUUUGGAUGCUGCUGGGGCAGGAGGGUCUGUCAGGGCGGGCAGCUUAUAUACAGCUUCCUGCUGCCCGGUAUGUGAUCCCUCAGAGGAAAGGGCAGCUCCAACCUGCAACACACAAAGGCAGCUGGAUCGCUGGUGCUGAUCUUCCAACUGAGCUGAUCCCUGGUACUGAUCAUCCAACUGAGCUGAUCCCUUAUACUGAUCAUCCAACUGAGCUGAUCCCUGGUGCUGAUCAUCCAACUGAGCUGAUCCCUUAUACUGAUCAUCCAACUGAGCUGAUCCCUUAUACUGAUCAUCCAAUUGAGCUGAUCCCUGGUGCUGAUCAUCCAAUUGAACUGAUCCCUGGUACUAAUGAUCCUACUGAGCUGAUCAUCCAACUGAACUGAUCCCUGGUGCAAAUGAUCUUGCUGAGCUGAUCUCUAGUACGGAUGAUCCUACUGUGCUGAUCACCCUGCUGAGCUGAUCCCUGGUAGUGAUCUUCCUGCUGAGCUGAUUCCUGGUAGUGAUCUUCCUGUUGUGCUGAUCACCAUCCUGAUGAGCUGGAUCUUUACUUGCCAGACCCCUCCCCUUGUUUAUUCACAUUGUCUGCAGAUACUAAAAUUAGUGAAGUAAUCUGCCAAACCUGCUGCAUAAAACUUUUUAAAAUAUAUUUUAACCCAAAUUUAAAGGCUCUUUUACUCCAAUAAGAAUGAGAUCUUCUCUGGCUCCUGCUGUCAGACUUAUACAGACUGUGUCUAGAGACAGCUGGUACCGUGGAUUUAUAUUGGUGCUGACAUUUUUGUUUUAUACAAGUUUUCACCUCUCAAGAAAACCGAUUAGUAUUGUAAAGAGUCAGCUGCACCAAAACUGCUCGGCACUGCCUCACCCUCGGCAAAACAUUUCUGAUAAUGAUACAACCUGGUGCGAUUGGGCUCCGUUCCAAAACGCUGACUAUGCUGAACUCUUUGGUGCUCUGGACAACGCAUUUCUGGUUGCUUACGCGAUUGGAAUGUUUAUCAGCGGGAUUUUUGGAGAGCGCCUCCCGUUAAGAUAUUACUUAUCAAGUGGGAUGUUACUUAGUGGAAUAUUUACAUCUCUCAUGGGCCUGGGGUAUUACUGGAAUAUUCACGUCCUUUGGUAUUAUAUAUUGAUUCAGAUUAUAAAUGGUUUAGUUCAGACUACAGGAUGGCCGUCCGUGGUAACUUUGAUGGGAAAUUGGUUUGGAAAAGGAAAGAGGGGUCUCAUUAUGGGCAUCUGGAACUCCCAUACUGCAGUUGGAAAUAUCCUGGGGUCCUUAAUAGCAGGGGCCUUUGUGUCUUCAGCCUGGGGAUUGUCCUUCAUUGUGCCGGGAGCUAUUGUCGGGUUCUUUGGCAUCAUCUGCUUCUUCUUCCUUAUUGAAUAUCCAGAGGAUGUUGGCUGUGAUUCUCCGCAACAGAAGGAAGAAACAAAGGAAGAGAUAGACGAAAACUUUCAGGAUAUGGCAAGUAGUACAGAAGCCAUUUUCAAAUCCGUAAACCACAACAUAGAGGAGGCUGGGAACGAACAAAAUUCAGUAGAGCAUCCACAGGCAAUCAGCUUUCUGGGAGCACUUCGUAUACCCGGAGUUGUGGAAUUUGCGCUGUGUUUGCUGUUUGCAAAAUUAGUCAGUUACACGUUUCUUUACUGGCUUCCUCUGUACAUCGCAAACGUUGCUCACUUCGAUCCUAAGCAAGCGGGCGACAUGUCCACCCUUUUUGAUGCUGGAGGAAUCAUAGGGGGAAUUCUUGCUGGUCUGAUAUCUGAUUACACCGGGGGUAGAGCCAUCACGUGCGCUGUAAUGCUGAUACUGACAGCUCCGAUGUUGUUUAUUUACAAUACCUUUGGGCAUGAUCAAGUUUCUACAUCAGUUGCAAUGUUGAUUAUAUGUGGGAUGUUGGUAAAUGGACCUUAUUCUCUCAUUACAACAGCUGUUUCUGCAGAUCUGGGGACGCAUGAAUCUCUCCAUGGGAACUCAAAGGCACUUUCAACAGUUUCUGCUAUUAUAGACGGCUGUGGAUCAAUAGGUGCCGCGCUGGGGCCCCUGUUUGCUGGGCUGCUGUCUAAGCACGGCUGGAGCUAUGUGUUCUAUAUGCUGAUAGCUGCUGACAUCUGUGCUUGUUUGUUGUUGUCUCGGUUGGUGUACAAGGAAAUUAGAACCUUAUGUGGAUGUUGUAGGAAAAAUAGAGGAUUUACUGAAAUGUGAUUUUAUACCUUUGUACCGAGCCUGGAACUUAUCUAAUAUUUUGCUGACGGGAUCAGCUCUCUUGCUGCUAUUUUGACAAUAGAAGAACUCUGGAAGUUUGAUUGAUCUUUAGUAUAAAAUGACUUUAUUUGAAGGGAUUGUUAUGAUAUUGUAACAAACCUUUUUUUUAAAAAGAAUGUUUUAUUGCUUCCUUAAAGGGACGGUAAAGUCAGUUACACUUUCAUGAUUCGGAUAGAGCAUGACAUUUUAAACAACUUUACAAAUUACUUCUAUUAUCAUGUUUGUUUUGUUCUUUUGGUAUUAAUUGUUGAAGAGUAAACCUAGGCGGGCUCAUAGGGCUUUAGGAGCGUGCACGUGUCUUUAGCAGUCUAUGGCAGCAGUAUACGUCCUAUGAGCCCACCUAGGUUUACUUUUCAACAAAUAAUACCAAGAGAACAAAACAAAUUUUAUAAUAUAAGUAAAUUGCAAAGUUGUCUAUCUAGACCCUGAAAGUUUAAUUUUGACUUUAUUGUCCCUUUAAAAAAAAAAAAUCGACAAAAUCAUUAAUUGUUCCUUUGCAGUUGAUCCUUUAUUAAUAAAGAUUUCUUAAUUACA